CCUCGGGGCGCUGGGGAGUUGUCCUGCACCGCGCCGCACGGUCGUACCGAAACUUCCUAAUUCCUCCCGGGCCGGCUCUCCGCGACUCUCAGGCCUGUGCGCGCGAGCCGCCGCGGAUCCGGAGCAGACCUCGCGGGGGAGGGCGCGCCCUCGGCUGGAAGCGGCUCAGGACGCGCGAAAACUGCCCUUUGGCCAUGUCACAGAAUGAACACCUUGAGGACUCUGGUGAAUACUUCUCUGCUGCCACUCUGGGAUACUUCAAGAACGACGUGGAUGACAGCCAUGAAGUCCGAGAAGACAGCCUGGGCGAUGAGGUCUUCGACACCAUCAAUUCCUCCAUCGUGUCUGGCGAGAGCAUCCGUUUCUUUGUCAACGUCAACCUUGAAGUGCAGCCCUCCAAAUCUGACCUAGAAGCUGCAACUGGUGGCUGCGUGCUGCUGCAUACUUCCCGCAAGUAUCUGACGUUAAAGAACUUCGAGGAAGAGGUCCGUGCACACCGGGACCUGGAUGGCUUCCUGGCGCAGGCCAGCAUUAUCCUGAAUGAGACGGCUACCUCACUGGAUGAUGUGCUUCGGACUAUGCUGAACCGCUUUGCCCAGGACCCCAGCCACGCAGAACCUGACUGUGACCUGGACCUGCUCAUGGCCAAGCUCUUUACGGAUGCCGGGGCCCCCAUGGAGAGUAAAGUACACCUGCUGUCGGACACCAUCCAGGGGGUCACCGCCACUGUCCGAGGGGUGCAGUACCAGCAGUCAUGGCUCUGUAUCAUCUGCACCAUGAAGGCCCUACAGAGGCGCCACGUGUGCAUCAGCCGCCUGGUUCGACCACAGAACUGGGGGGAAAACUCCUGUGAGGUUCGCUUUGUCAUCCUGGUGCUGGCGCCACCCAAGGUGAAAAGCACCAAGACCGCGAUGGAGGUGGCACGCACAUUUGCCACCAUGUUCUCAGACAUCACCUUCCGCCAGAAGCUCCUCAAGACACGCACAGAGGAAGAAUUCAAAGAGGCUCUGGUGCAUCAGAGGCAGCUGCUCACCGUGAUGAUGCCGAGAGUAGCGGGGCACAGCAUGAGCUCCCUGCGCACGCACAAACACCCUCAGCCCCCGAAGUGCAAGGACUUUUUCCCUUUCGGAAAAGGCAUCUGGGUGGACAUCAUGCACAGGUUCCCCGUGUACCCACUGGACUUCACCGACGGCAUCAUUGGGAAAGGCAAGACCGUGGGCAAAUACGUCACCACCACGCUCUUCCUCUAUUUUGCCUGCCUCCUGCCAACGAUUGCUUUUGGGUCCCUCAAUGAUGAGAACACAGAUGGGGCCAUCGAUGUGCAGAAGACCAUAGCUGGGCAGAGCAUCGGCGGCCUCUUGUAUGCACUGUUCUCCGGGCAGCCACUGGUGAUACUGCUAACGACGGCACCCCUGGCCAUCUACAUCCAGGUGAUUCGAGUCAUCUGUGAUGACUACAACCUGGACUUCAACUCCUUCUACGCAUGGACGGGCCUGUGGAACAGUUUCUUCCUUGCACUUUAUGCCUUCCUCAACCUCAGCCUGCUCAUGAAUCUCUUUAAGAGGUCAACAGAGGAAAUCAUUGCCCUCUUCAUUUCCAUCACAUUUGUGCUGGAUGCUGUCAAGGGCAUGGUCAAAAUCUUCUGGAAGUACUACUAUGGUCACCACUAUCACACAAAAAGGACCUCAUCCUUGGCAAGCUUGAUGGGCAUUGGCAGAAGCCCCAAUACCAGCCUCCACGCUGCACUCAAUACCAGCCUCUUGGUCAGCCCCAUAGAGAUGGCCACAGCCAGCAGCCCCAGCAGCGCACAUGCAGGCCAGGCUACAGCAGUGCUCAGCCUCCUCAUCAUGCUGGGCACGCUCUGGCUGGGCUACACCCUCUACCAGUUCAAGAAAAGCCCCUACCUGCACCCCUGUGUGCGGGAGACCCUGUCUGACUGUGCCCUGCCCAUCGCGGUCCUCUCCUUCUCCCUCAUCAGCUCCUACGGCUUCCGGGAAAUCGAAAUGAGCAAGUUCCGAUACAACCCCAGCGAGAGCCUCUUUGAGGUGGCACAGAUCCACUCUCUGUCCUUCAAGGCCAUCGGCAGUGCCAUGGGUCUUGGUUUCCUGCUCUCCUUGCUUUUCUUCAUUGAGCAGAACCUGGUGGCUGCCUUGGUCAAUGCCCCAGAGAACAGGCUGGUGAAGGGCACUGCCUAUCAUUGGGACCUCCUGCUACUUGCCAUCAUCAAUACAGGGCUGUCUCUGUUUGGGCUACCCUGGAUCCACGCUGCCUAUCCCCACUCCCCUCUGCAUGUGCGGGCCCUGGCCUUAGUGGAGGAACGUGUGGAGAAUGGGCACAUAUAUAAAACAAUCGUGAAUGUUAAGGAGACACGGCUCACCGCACUGGGCGCCAGUGUCCUGGUGGGCCUCUCGCUGCUGCUGCUGCCCUUCCCGCUGCAGUGGAUCCCCAAGCCCGUGCUUUACGGCCUCUUCCUCUACAUCGCGCUUACCUCCCUGGACGGCAACCAGCUCUUCUCACGCGUGGCGCUGCUGCUCAAGGAGCAGACAUCGUACCCACCCACACACUACAUCCGGAGAGUUCCCCAAAGGAAGAUCCACUACUUCACGGGCCUGCAGAUCCUGCAGCUGCUACUGCUUUGUGCCUUCGGCGUGAGCUCCCUACCCUACAUGAAGAUGGUCUUUCCCCUCAUCAUGAUUGCCAUGAUUCCGAUCCGGUACAAUCUGCUGCCCCGAAUCAUUGAAGCCAAGUACUUGGAUGUCAUGGAUGCUGAGCACAGGCCCUGACCCGCGCCACCCUCCCCAUCCUUCAGGCCUGCUCGAUGGCAAUGUAUGGGGAGACAUGAGCUGCCCGUGGCUCGGGCCCAUCCUCCUUGCCGUCUUGUGGCCUAAAGCCCCCUGGCAUUGUGGUUUUCAGUGGUGUGUGUUCACUCCCCACUCCAUUAACAUCUAGUUUGGGGUCAGGAACAUUGCCAGGGUGGAGCUAAGAGUAGAUAUUCUUUUGAUAAAAGAGUUGAUGCCCAGGAGAGAGUCCAUUUCCUUGAUUGUAUAAGGAAUUCGCUGUGUGCGCAUUAAUGAAUAAAAGCUUAUUUCUAUGCUUUAA